AUGGCAGCGCCAACGGAGAAGACUAAAGUAUAUCGACUUCGUAAUUUACCUACUCAUGUAGAUAGACAGUCGGCUGCCGAGCUUGUCUCGGCAUGUAUCGAAGGAGCCUUACCCCACGAUAUCCGCAUCUCUUCGUUAGCUUAUGCAGUCGAUCCAUGGGAACGACCGCCUACCAAGACAGCAACCUUGACAUUCGAAAAAGGCGACCUUACAACUCGCUUUAACUCUAAUAAUAGCGAAUGGAUAUUCAAGAAUUCUGCCCUAGCAAAGCCUCUCAUUCUUGAUAGCCAUUUCCGUGGUCUCACUCCGCUCAAUGAAGUAGCCCCUGAGAACCAUCAAUACGACUGCAUCGCUAUUUCUGGCCUUGCAAGCCACCCCUUUGGCUCAUGGCAACCCCAUGGGAGAGAUAAAUCCUUCAUGUGGAUCCGAGAUGAAUUGCCUCAGUUUCUUCCAACCGUACGGUUUAUUCUGUACGGAUAUGAUACGAUUCUCCGUCCGAGCACAUCUUUUCAGAGAGUCCCGGACCUCGCGAACUCGUUCAUUCACGUCUUAGAAGCAAAUGGAUGGACCUCACCAACAGCAAAACCGCUUUUAUUUCUUGCACAUAGCCUUGGCGGUGUUAUUUUAAAGCAAACUCUGUUGAUGCUUGCUGGAGCUGGACAGCAACAGGCAUCUGUCGCUAACUUAAUUCAGGGGGUCAUCUUUUUCGGCGUACCGAGUCAGGGUAUGGCCAUAGAUGAUAUCUUCAGAAUGCUCGGAGACCAACCAAACAAAGAUGCACUCAUUACCGAGAUCUCAACCGAGUCCGACUAUCUUUCGCAGCUUGAAAAGCGAUUUUCCGGAGUUUCCUUCGUGCGAGCAUUGAAAAUGUUUUGGGCAUAUGAGACUAAAAUGACACCGACUGUCGCAUCGUUAAGGAACACCUCCAGCCGAUCAGGACCAGAAACAGUGCUGGUAACUCGAGCUUCUGCCACGGGAGGACGUUGUUACGAAGAUCCUUCCCUAACAAUUCAGAUUGAUGAAAACCAUUCUGACAUUGUGAAAUUCACCCAUGGCGACCAUAGAAUCCGCAUAAUUGUGAAUAGGCUGGCAAACAUAUGUGGAAUACACCCAGUAUUUGAUCGGCCAAAUUCAAGCAUUAUCUCAAGAGGUAGUGUUUCAACUGACAGUAGAGGUAUUCGUAAUGAUUGGACGCAAAGUGUGAAAGACCAGCAAUUGGUCGUGAAUGGUACUGGAAAUCGAGUAUCGAUUCAAGACCCUAUUAUAUGGGAUAAUGAAGUCAUUCUGAGGUCCUUAUGCGCACCGGAGCGUGAUUUGCGUAUACAACAAAUCGAUCCUGCUGCCACUUACACUUUCGACUGGAUAUAUGACGAUGUUUCUAUCGUAGCAAACCCUUCAACGGAGCACACGGGAAUUAUGAUACAGGAUCAUCGCCGCGUCAAAGCUUUCCAUCUCGAAACCGUCGUGAUAAUGGACUUCCCCGGACGAGGGCGCGGCGGGCCGCUACCACACGAAGACGACGUCGGCGGUCAGGUUAAGCUGGAGGAAUAA